AUGCACUAUCAAACGGAUAUUAUCUCAUUUAUUUUACUGCACACGCACAUUGGCGUGCUCUUAGAAUUCAAUAAAAAGCAUGUGAACUUCCGCACUGGAUCGGAGGCGUUGGUUGUACUAUUCAGGAGCAUCACUGGGGAAGAUUGGAAUGACAUCAUGCAUGAUUGUAUGAGAAGUCCACCAUUCUGCUAUUGGCAAGAAGGUAUGAACUAUUGGAACACUGACUGCGGGAAUUACUACGGCGCUAUUAUCUAUUUUUGUUCUUUCUACUUAAUUAUCACGUACAUAGUACGGAACCUAUUAGUAGCGAUUAUCAUGGAGAAUUUCUCAUUGUUCUACUCAAGUGAGGAAGAUGCUUUGCUGAGCUAUGCUGAUAUUAGGAAUUUCCAGGUCGUAUGGAAUAUGGUCGACCGCGAGCAGAAACGCUCGAUUCCGGUUGGAAGAGUGAAGUUUUUACUGCGUCUUUUGAAGGGACGUCUCGAAGUGGAUCCUGAUAAAGACCGUAUACUUUUCAAACACAUGUGUUAUGAAAUGGAUAGACUACACAACGGUGAUGAUGUUUCCUUCCACGACGUUCUAUACAUGCUUUCGUAUCGUUCGGUGGACAUACGGAAAUCACUACAGCUAGAAGAGCUGCUACAGCGAGAAGAACUAGAGUUCAUCAUAGAAGAAGAGGUUGCAAAGCAAACAAUUCGAACCUGGUUGGAGAACUGCUUGCGACGGAUACGCAAUCCACAAAUGCAAAAGGAUUCAUUCCCAGAUAUUACCAAAUAUCCGCAUCCGGGAGCAACAGGACUAUCCGCGUUAACUCCACAUGCUAUUGACAGUGAACUUCCCCGAUUCCGAUUUGCUCCCGAUGAUUCCUUGUCCAACGAGGAGGUUGAACAACCUGCCCCAAUUCGAAAAAAGGCAAUAAAGAACAGGAGGAGCAGCAUUCCUGAUGCAUUCAAUUACCAAACAAAUGCAAUCCUACAAGAAGCGGCGCGUAAAUUUAAGAGAGAGAAGAACGUCGACAAGAAGCUUGCGCAGUCUCGAGCUCGACCGCAAGAGGUUGCCCAGCUGCUUCCGAAGAAAGGGGAACCGAAGAAAAUCUCUGGCGGAAAGACAUUGCAUCUGAACGUCUACGAUCUGCCAGACCUAGAAGAAAAAGGAGAAGAUGGGACGUUUUCACCUCCUAAACAGAAGAAUGAGAGUGAAGACAAUCUUACCAUAAACAACAAUCCGCAAAAUGUUCUUACCGCUAUGGUUUCCGCAAACCCAAACCCUCCGGCCAUUACCUGCGAAACUCCACAAGAUAUCUCGCUUUGGUGGGAGGUGAUUACGCAUGCGAAAUGA